GGUCGCCAUCAGUAAUAACUGCUGGCAGUGGUCGCCAGCAGUAAUAACUGCUGACAGUGGUCGUCAGCAGCAGCAGUGACUACUGGCAGUGGUAGCCAGCAAUAGUAGUUACUGCUGACAGUGGUCGCCAGCAGUAAUAACUGCCGACAGUGGUCGCCAGCAGCAGCAGUGACUGCUGACGGUGGUCGCCAGCAGCAGCAAUGACUGCUGACGGUGGUCGCCAGCAGCAGCAGUCAUGUGAUCAUUUUCAAGGUUGUCACAGAGUGAUGCAUGUAGGGACACUCUCUCUCUCAGUAACUAGUAUUCACUGUACUGUGUCUGAGGGGAGAGCAGUGACAGUGAUGAGGUGUAGCAGCAGUCAGCACAAUGCAGGUGGCACUGAACACAUGGUUAAGAACAAACAGCAUUUGGAGGCAACGAGGGACCCACUUAAUACUGUGAAGAUUUCCUGUACCAAUUAAGUGUGUUUGGGCAUAAAUCCUGAAUAUACCUGUGUCUUGGUGAUGUGGCUAGGAGACACACCAACAGGAUAGAUUGUUGGUAGAUGGAUGCUGCUUGAUUGCGACAAUAAAGUACCAUGUGACUUCCAUCUUCCUUCCUCUCUGUGCAUAAGAUAACUACUGCAACCACCACUCUAACCAAAAAUACCCAAAAAAUGAACAAAUGUACCUGAUAUAAAAAUAGUCUUCCGAGGCUAAUCCUAGAAUUCAUUGGCUAUAAUGGUACAGGCAGUGGGUUGAUUGCUAGACCAUACCAAGGCUGAGAGUCUAGUGAGAGAGUUGGGGAAGGGCAUGUUGUUGGUAGGGUGUCUGGAGGAAGCUGAAGCAUCUUUUGGACUCAGAUCUAGAUUUGAACUAAGCCCACUGGAUGGCAGCACCAGGCCUAGGAGGCAUGACAUGAAAUAGAAAGCUCAACAGGGGUUACAUAAAAUUCACAUGGCAUGAUUCCUUGAGAUGUCUGAGUGUCCCUAUCUGCCCCUUAGUAAUGUACACUCUGAUAACAUGGAUGGUGAUCACCAGGACCAGCCUAUGGUCAACCUGUGGCUUGGAAGGACAGUCCAUCGCUCCUAUGUUAGCCGCAGAGCUGUGUGUUCACAGCCUGCCUUUGUGGCAUUAAUCCUUGUAUCAAUCUUUAUCUUCCUUUUCUUUCAAUUGGUCAACGUUGUGCCCCACAAACCAGUGCCUCCAACCUUCACAUGGUCAUCAAAUGCUACAAGAAAUUUAAAUGUCUACAUAAGACCAGGUCUUCUUACUGCACUUCUUCAGCCUAGUAAUUUAUGCAGUCAGACUCCUUUCAUGCUCUUUGUAGUCCCUAGUGCCAUCAAUAACACUAAGGAAAGAGGAACUAUCAGAGCAACUUGGGGUCAGUGGGCCAAGAGUAAUACAUUAAGGACCUCAUCUAAAGAAGACCAAAUAUUUCAGAAGAUCAUUGGUGUCAAGGGAGGACUGGCAAACAUAGCAGAGUUAAAGACUCAGCUUCCUCUGACGUCUAAACUCGUCUUCCUCUUAGGAAAAGCACGAGGGAAGACUCCCAUUACCAAGACAAUUCAAGCAGAAAGUCAAACAUACGGAGAUAUUAUUGUAGAGGACUUUGUAGAUUCUUACACAAACUUAACUCUCAAGUCUGUUUUUAUGCUCAAAUGGGUUCAAAACAAUUGUCCUGGAGUCAAGUUUAUUAUGAAGGUAGAUGAUGAUAUUUUUGUUAAUGUUCCUAACCUUCAUCAUUCCCUCCUUAAUCAAACUACAAAAGCUCCUCUCUUAACUGGCAAUCUUAUAUGUGGUGCAAGACCAAUCCAUGACCAGUGGUCAAAGUGGUACACCCCCAAGUACAUGUUUCGUGAAGGAAAAUAUCCAAAUUACCUCUCUGGAACUGGUUAUGUUAUGUCAGCAGACUUGGUUAAACCUCUUCUAAGAAUGGCACUUGCUACUCCUUACUUUCAUUUGGAAGAUGUUUUUUUAACUGGGAUAUGUGCCAGAAAAAUUGGUGUAAAUCCAAAGGACAACUUUGGCUUUAGCUAUCAGCCUCGAGCAGUCAGUCCUUGUGUGUACAAAGAGGUAAUUAUGGGUCAUGGAGUGAUACCAUCAGAGAUGAUAAAACUUUGGAAUAUGCUCAACCAGCCAAAGACUCUUGCCAAAUGUCAUCCAAUAAUUAAAUCAAAACUACGUCGCCAUUAUCCAACAAAGUGCUCCUAGAAAUGAAGUGGUUCUAAUUCUAAAACAAACUCAUAGAAGCUUAGAGGUGAAUAUAAGAUUUAGUAUCCUAAAAGAAUUUUGCAGUAUUCCUUUUUAUUAUUAAUGCAUUCUUGUUAUGGAAUGUUCCUUCAUGGUUCAUAGUAAUUGUACAUUUAUUGAGAGCUAUUUAAGUAAUUGAGGAAAGUCUCAAGUUACUGAUAUACAUAUAUUACAAAAUUUAUAUUGACAGUGUAAUCAUUACUGAAUGAGAUUUAAUAAUUGUUCAAAUACUAACCAUGUCAUGAAGCAAAACUUUAAUGCCUAAACCCUGGAUAUAAUGAACUUCAGUAUGUUGUACUUUGGAAAUACAGAACUAACCCUGCAGAGUCAGUUGUUCCUGAAACAGAAAGAGUCCAUUAGUUACAGUAUUGUCAGUUACAAUGAUGGCACAAUGAUCUCAUCUCCAUCCACCAGUCAGUGUUACCGGCCAGCUGUUCUUCCUGUCAUUAUAUCAAGGGUUUGCUAGAUUGUAAUAUUCAUGUCAAAAAAUUGCUUGAAAAUUGUAAAAUUCUUAUUACUACUAGGUGAUCAUGUACUUUAUGCCGGUAUAGAGUGCCGUUCCCCUCAUCAUGCACAUAUAAAUGCCUUGGUCCUUAUUACUGUGAUAUGUCUUACAGCAAAUAAUGUGCAUAUAUGAAUAACAGUUUUGUUGAAGUUUUGUCACUGAGGACAGGUGACAUAUAUAAUAUUAUCUAUCUGCUUCUUUUAUGUCUUGUGCAUUUUAUAAUGCCUUUCCUUUUUGUCUUUCUGAUGAAAUAUUCUAACAGUCACUAACUGUGAAAAAUGUUCUAUAUUAUUAUUUUAAAUUAUUUCAGCAAUUGCUGUGAUAAGAAUCUCUGUUGCUGAUAUAUAAAAGUUCAGACGUGAUUUACAUUAUUCUCCAAAAUUAUUCAUACCCCUUGAUGAUAUGUAACCAAAAUCAGAUUCAACAGGACUGUGCAGGUGUUGAUUCAAUAUUUUUUAAUGCAAAUUCUGUGCAGUGGUAUAAAUCAAAAUUUGGAAUAGCAAAAUCAUGAGUGUUGUAUAUCACAUGAGUCACAAGUGCAGUACAGUAGUUAUAUAUACUGUAUUUGUAAAUACAUAAUUAUACUAUUUUCAUAUUUUUAUAUAUAUUGACACACAAUACAAACAUUAAUACUGCUAUGCCAUUACUCUUCUGGUUAUUAGUCUCAAAAUAAGGGCAGUUACAAAAUCAGGAAAUUAAUACUGUUUGUCAAACAGUUUGAGAGAUCUCCAUGCUCACCAGCAGUCAAGUUCUUGCUAUUUAUUAUGAACAAGGGGCUCAGAAAAUUGUCUGGAAUCUCUUGAGGAAAAAUAAGAUACAGUGGACCCUCGACCAAUGGACUAAUCUAAUUCACAAUAUUCCUUAUGGGAACAAAUUCGUUCAGUACUGGCACCUGAACAUACUUCUGGAAUGAAAUAAUAUCGUAAACCGGGGGUCCACUGUAUAUCGCAGGUACACGUGGGAUCAAUUGAAACGGCUUGUAAACACUGGCACACUGGCUGUACAUGGAGUCUUGGAGUGGCUGGGCCCACUCAGGCCCCAUGGACACGUUCGGGCCACAAGUCUUUAGACGAGUAUAUCGCCAUUGGUAGAGCCAAUUUUUUGACCCCCAAAGAGCACCGUUAGUCAAUUUUGGCGUUAGUCGAUGCCACCAUUGGUUGAGGGUCCACUACUCAUUUUUAGAUCUGUUAAUGACUGUAUAAAAUAUAUUUAUGUGAAGAAGAUUCCGGUCUUGACCAUAAUCUUCAUCAUAAAGAGGCUCAAGGAUAAAUGAAAGGCUGCAAUCCUGUCAGGUAGAUGAAGAAUUGUACCUAAACAUGCAGUCAAAAAAGUAGGUCAGGAGACUUGCCUCUAAAGACCAAGUGACAGUUAAGGAUCUGUAGAAAAACUGACAUUCAUUAGGGUACAAUUUUUCCAAGACCAUUUGAUGUCAUGAAUCUGGUGUCCAUGGCAGUGCUGUAUGGAAGUAACCUCUUUCAAAAAGACUGCAUAAAAGAAAAGAGAAACUCGAGUUUAGUAAAAUCAUUUGAAUGACUGAGUCAGAUGAUGCUUUGUAAUUGGAUUAAUUGAAAGUGUUGUAUGCAAAUCAGUGACCUAAUGAAGAAUACAAGUCAUAACACUGUGGCUGGGACAUCUUGCAGCUAAAGACCUUGGACAACAUUUUUAUCUAUUCUGGACCAUUAUUAACCCUUUGACUGUCGCGGCCGUAUAUAUACGUCUUACAAGGUACCGUGUUUGACGUAUAUAUACUCAUAAAUUCUAGCGGCUUCAAAUCAAGGAGAAAGCUGGUAGGCCCACAUGUGAGAGAAUGGGUCUUUGUGGUCAGUGUGCACCAUAUAAAAAAAUCCUGGAGCACGCAGUGCAUAAUGAGAAAAAAAACUCCAACCGUUUUUUUUAAUUAAAAUGCUGACUUUGUGAUCUAUUUUCGUAUAGUAUUUAUGGUUGUAUUCUCGUUUUCUUGGUCUCAUUUGAUAGAAUGGAAAACAUAUUAUAGAAAUAGAGGUGAUUUUGAUUGAUUUUACUAAAAAAGAACCUGGAAAUGGAGCUCAAAGUAGGGGAAAUGUUUGAUUUUUGCUGAUGUUCAAAAGUAAACAAAUGAUGUCAUUGUCUAAUAAAUGUCCAACUAGCCAUUCUAAUAUGCAGUCAUGAAUGGGUUGAUGUUAUUUACACAAUUAUUACAGUAUUGCAGUAGUCUGCGUGAUAGUAAAUCUUCUAUUUUUUGUUUGAAUAAAAAUUCAAAAUAGAAAGCAAGAGUAAUAUCAGAGGGGCCUGGAGACAUGACUGAUGAACAAAGAAAAUGUUAUUUUAGAGCCAGGAAUGUCUGCAUUGUUCAUUCUGGACCCUAUUUUGAAAUUGUCAUAUUUUUUAAUUUUCGUUAAAUUGGCCAAAUUGCAAAUUUCUGACCAUGUUAUUGGGUAGUUGAAAUUGGUAAAUGGGCAUUUUCUUGUACUCAAUCGUUAGAAAAAAUGGAGUUCUAAAGAAAUAGCUAUGAGUUUGGUCGACUGGAACAAUGGAAUUAGCCGAAAAUAGGGCUCAAAGUGGGCGAAAUCGCCGAUUUGUAAAUAUCGCCGAGGUCGAUAACUUCGCGAGAGCGUAAUUCCGUCAGUUUUCCAUCAAAUUUCGUUUUUUUGGUGUCAUUACAAUCGGGAAAAGAUUCUCUAUCAUUUCAUAAGAAAAAAUUAUUUUUUUUUUUUUUAAAUUUGCGACACCAGGAGACACCUCAGGAUUGGGGGUUGCGACAGUCAAGGGGUUAAACCACAAUUGUUUCAAUUAUAACUUAAAAACAGUCCAGGACAGACCAGGAUAUCACCUAAGGUUUCCUCUCCAGCAUGUAGGUUAGUUGUUACCAUCAGUAUUUAAUUAGUACUAGCACAUGUAGCUGAAUGUUAGAUGAUUAUCUUCCCCAACUUAUAAAACCAAUUCUUAUUGAGAACAUAGGAAGUAUAAUAGCUCUUGCACUGUAAAUUGCAUAAAAAAGGCCUGCACUUGGAUGACAGCUAAUAAUCUAAGAUACUCAGUUAAAAAGAAAAGAAAAAAGUAAAUUUUUGGGCAUACACUUGGACACAAAAAAUUAUUUUAACACUCAUAUUUAGCAUAUAGGUAAGGAAGUUUCAAAAACAAUUGGUAUACUUUUCAAAAUUUGCUACACACCCCAGCUUGACUGCUCUUACUCUAUAUCUGACAUGCACACAUUUGAUACUUUCGUGGGUGAAAAUGUUAGGCAUGUUUUCAUACAUAUGCUGCCUUUGUUCACCUUGCAAUAAAUAGCUACAUUCUUGAGGAGGGAAAAAGACCCCAAUAGAAAUAAGCCACACUAGCUUUCGUGGGUUGUUCUGAGGCAGUCCAAGUAAUGCAUCUUGAUCACCUACACAAAAAAGAGAGUGUGUGUGUUUGUGUGUGUGCAUUUAUGUUUGGGGUAUUGAUGACAAACUACCUCCAAUCAGUCAUCAAACAAUAAAAAGCAGACCAUACCAUGGGCAGGAUUGAACCCACGGUCAGUGUGUCUCAAAACUCCAGACCCGCCCGUGGUAUGGUUUGUUUGCAAUCGUGUCAUUACGAUUUCAUGAGUCAAAUAAAAAGUAGCUUCAGCCCCAAAUAAAAUUUCAAUUGUGAGUAGAACACAACAUAUUUAAUAUAAUCUCUAGACUUAGAAAAUAUGCAUGACAAGCACAUGUUCUACCAUCCACUCUACCUCUUCACGAUCCUGAGCCAUAAGACUGACCCUACUUAAGAUGCUUCCUUGGUAACUCUAACAGAAUACACAGUUACUACACCUAAAACAGUUUCCCUUUGAUGUUUCUUGUGUGCAAAUAAAUGGGCCAAAAACCUGUUACAAUCUGCCAGUUGAUUCUAUCACCUGUACAGUACCAAAGUUCACAAGAAAUCUCAAAGAACACUGUGCAUAUCGAGGUUCUUAGUUACAUAUACAGUAUCUUCUCAAAUUAUAUAUACUGUAAUUAUAAUUUUAUCUUCAAACUUAGUCUUUUUUUCUUUUUAAUAGAGCUAGUCUAACACAGUAAUACACAUUUUUUGUCUUGAAUAUUUUUUAUUUUUGUUUUAAUUUCCAUUGGCAAUAUUCAAACAUUAGAUUAAUAUUACGUAAAUGUCUUCAGCAUUUCAGCAUCUCCUAAUUUUAAACACUUUACCUACUUACAUACAUUUUAGUUCCAUGGCAUUUUAAACUCUGAAUCAAGUUUUAACCCGUAAAUGGUCCAAACGUAUAUAUACGUUCACUACCGUACUCCCCCAACUUUUUUGAGAAAAAAAGAAACGUUGUGUUUUAAUAGGAAAAAAGAGCAUAUGGUACCCAGGCAUCCCCAAUUAUUUUAAUAUGGCACACACUGAGUGCUCACACCCAUUCUCUCAUGUCUAGGUGACUCAGGCUUAUCGUGGCAAUGUUAAAUGUAUGACACAUAAAACGUAUACGUAUAUACGUUUGGGGCACUAGCUGUAAAAACGUAUAUAUACGUUUGGACCGUUUACGGGUUAUUGAUAUCAGUUGUCACCCAAAUUUUACUAUUUUUUGCUAUUAAAUAUGUACCCUUCAAUUAUCAUUUGCAGUAAAUUUAAAUUAGGAUUUACAGCUUUUCCUGUUUUUGUAACUUAUUCAAGAUGUAUAAAUGUAUGUAUGGAGAGGGUUGAGCAACAGCUGAUACGGUAAUCAAAAUCGUGACUUGCAUAAAGAAAAUUUUGGAAAAUUGUAAAAUUUGUGUACUCACAAAUUUGUGCAUCUUGGAAAGGAAAUAUUAUUACAAGAACUAUAAAGAAAUGCAGGAAAGUAAAGCUAAGUGUAUAAUCACUGCAUGUAAAAGUUGGUAAUAUUUACCUGUCUUCUUACAUCUUCAUGACACAGAAAGAAGAGACCAGGAAUCCUGCCAGAGUGCACAAUGUUUAAUAGGCUUUUCUUUGAGUCGUAUGGUAGUGUGGAAGUGCCUUCCUUGAUGAGCAGUCUCUGCCAACUACUAAAAUAUUGUGUCCUGUGGCCUGGUUGGCAAUGCUCUCGCCUCACACACUGAGUGUCCGUGUUUCGAUCCCCGACACUGGUGUUCACCUAGCAUCAAGUAGUGUUAGUUGACUGGUGGGGGUCGCAUCCUGGGGGACAAGAUUGAAGGACUUCAGAGGAAAUAAGACAGUCCUCGAUGAUGCACUGACUACCCCUCUGGGUAAAAUUCCAGAUAUCUUAUCUUAAAGGCUACAAAAACUGCCUCCUCCAUGUAAUUAAGCUAAAGGAAGCUUGAUCAACCACAGUACUGAUUACCAAGUUACAAGUAAAUGCAAGCAUUGUUGAUUUUACAUUACAUGUAGUGUAUCUCUUAUUGUGUUAGGCUGUUAAUACAAUAUUAAUAGUUACACUGAUAUUUACUUUCUCAUGCAUUUGUCAUGAAAAAUAUUGACUUAACUAAAUCAUCUUCCUGAAGAGACUCAUAAUUAAUACAUUUCAUCAUGGGGUAUGCAGGUAAAUAAAUUUGGAGGCAACUGUAUAUCUGAAUUUUGGAUGCAUGAUAUUUUUAAAGCACCUAGUCAUAGUAAAUAUUAAUACUGUAUAUGAGAAUAUCCUAGUCGAACUAAUAUAGGGUUUAGUAUAAUAUUUAGUUGUUCAAUUAUAAUAUGUGUAAAAUGCAGUUUGUGCUUGCCAGAUAUAAGUCCGAGUAAUAGCUCAGUGACUCAGUCCCAUUUGUUAAGUGUUAAGGUGAGGUGCAAGAGAAGCCCUUAUUCUGUGACUUUGUAUGCCCAGUUCCUUUAAUAAUAAGACAAAACUAAAAAUUAAAUGAGUUCUUAACAGAGUUAUGUAAUGAAUCUCAAUAAAGAAAUGUUUACAAGUAAUAUAAUUGACACAGUAAAA